GUGCACAAAAGCAUUCACUUGUUGUUGUGUUGUUGCUCUGUGCGUAUGGCUACUUUUAUUGCGGAUGCAAAAUUGAUCCCGGUUUCCAGAGUGCGCCGUGAUAUAACUGCCGUGUAUGAAGUGUGAAUAAUAAUAAUAAUGCUGGGCAAAAUAUUGUCUAUGUGCUAAAGGAAAGCAAUCUCUAUUCGGAUAACAUAUACAGAAGUGAAGUGCCGAAAAUAUAUUAACAAAGAAAAAUAAAAAAACCACAAAAGGCGAAGUAAUAAAAAAUCACCAAAAACAAAACAAAAAAAAUGCAAGCACUUGGAUCAUACAACGAUUGGGAACUGGUACGGGCACUUGGUGCGGGGGGAUUUGGUGAGGUACACCUGUGGCGACAUCGUAUAACAAACCAGGAAGUGGCCACAAAACAUUUAAAAUUCAACAAUAACUUGAGGUCCGAUGAAAUUGGCAUAAUCAGAAACCGUUGGAUUCAAGAAUACAAUUGGAUGCAAAUGCUGCAGACCCCCUACAUUGUGGGAGCCAUCGAAUUGCAAGAUAAUGGUUUUUUACAAUACCUUCAGUCGUAUCACCACAUGAGGGUUCUGCCCGUCAUCGUCAUGGAGUAUUGUAACGGCGGCGAUUUGCGCGCUCGCCUGUCAGACAUCAAACAUUUGAAUGGUUUGCAUGAAAAGGAGAUUCGUGACAUUUUGUUAGCCCUGCGACAUGCUGUGGCGUAUUUGCACGAUGAAUGCAACAUUGAACAUCGCGACAUAAAACCCGAAAACAUUGUUAUCCAUCGCACUGAUAAUCAACGUAUUUACAAGCUUACCGAUUUUGGUUAUGCCCGAGAAAUUCCCGACGCAACCAUAGCCCAAAGUGUGGUGGGCACAAGGCACUAUGUGGCGCCCGAAGUGAUUGAGCCGGGCAAUUACACCAAGACUGUGGAUUAUUGGUCUGUUGGCGUCCUAACGUUUGAGUUAAUGUGUGGUCUUCGCCCAUUUAUACCCCAUCGGGAGUUUAAAGUUAUUCUGACGCAGAUCUUGGAGAAACCCGCCAACUGCAUUGCCAUAACCCAGGAUGUGACAAACGAAGACAAAUUUCAGUUCAAAGAUGAAUUGUUUGCCGAAAACCAUUGUUCACCCAUAUUCAAGGCAAUAAUGGAACGGUGGCUUAAAAUGGCAUUAGAUGGUAACUACAAGACCCGGGGCCACCAAGAUGGCCAAUUGCGUUUCUACACCCUCCUGGAUUGCAUUCUCUCUUCGAAAAUAAUCACUGUAUUCUCUCUUAGUUCAUAUGAAUUUUACUAUUUCGAUGCCCGAACAUUUUCAAACAAUAGUGAUUUUUUCGAUCAGCUUUCUGUGGCCACGGGAAUUGCCAAAGAGCACACCUUCUUCACUCUACCGACAUCACAUCCCAAAAGAUCAUUAUGCCACAUAGCGGCGCCCAUUGAUUUCUAUGUUGACGACUGGUCUGACACUGGCAAUCCUGAAAAUCCCCGUGCCAUGUUGUACGUAACGGAUGUUGCGAAAGGACAAUGCGACUAUAAUGCUCAUCGCGAUAAAAUGAAUUCGAGUACAACUUCCAGAGCCAUAUUUGAAUAUUUAAGUAUCGAUAGGCAAAAAUUUGAUGAACUUCCCACUUGGUUGUUGGAGCAAUUCGAAAGAUAUGUCCAUUAUUUGUUGCAAAACGAACAACGUUAUUUGGAGGCCUAUGUACGUGGUCUGUAUGAAUUUAUAAUCUCCGUGGAAGAUGAGGAGUUUCGUAUUGAGGAGAACAUCCAACGAAUUCAUGAGAAGAGACUCCUACUAAGUGGGCGCAUAGAUCAAUUUGCAUAUACAGCUAAAGUUUGGGCCAGUCUACAGAAAUCCCAAAACCACGUUGAAGAGGCCCAGGCGUUGUGGGAGAAAUGUGACAUCGUUAAAAAUCAAGUGAUUACUAAAAUCAUGAGAUAUCACAAGUCGAUACUGCAGCAUUGUAAAGCACUUGCCAACGAGGAAAUACUCAAAAAACUGCCCAAUGAAGAUAUCUAUCAGCUCAAAUCGUUUCGUCAAUUCGUCUCCUCCGAUGCCACAAAAUCUCAGCGUAUGUAUGAAUGCAUUGCAUCUGUCGAUAGAUGGGCAUUACAAAUGUCGAAUUUUCCCAGCAGCAAAUUAGCCAGCAUACACAAUGAAAUUAUGGGCCAUUGUAAUAUGCAUGUCAAAAUUGUAUCAGAAUUGAUCCAAACCGAACAAUAUUUAAACAAAUUGGAAAAGGAAUUGCAAUGUGCUACGGAAAAAAUGUUGUCGCCUCUACAAGAUGAGGAAAUUGUUUCGGAAAUGGGUGCCAUGUGUAUUGACGGUAAUUCGUCUCUAACGGCAUCGACUUCGGCUCCAAUGUCUCAUAGCAGUAUGGUAGAUUUAUCAUUAUUGUUGAAUGGUCAUUGCCAGGAGAAUGGCGAAGAAGUCACAUCACUUAUUGAACGAGUCAAUAUUUUAACUGAACUGAUGAAUGCGUUGACGCCGAAUGUACAGAAAUAGAAUGCAUUUACUUUUUUUGAAUAUUUUAUUAUUUUUUUAUUUUUUGUUAAUUCUACAAACCAAAGAUAAUGUUGCUUUUUUAAAUGGAAUUUGUUGAUCAAAUCCAGGGUAGAUAUGAAAACUGAAUUAUGUUGUUCAGAGUAUCAAAACGUAUAUCUCGUAUUCUCAUGUCAUAAAAAAAACACUGGGGACCUGUUUCUUUAAUCUGCCGCGAACAGAAAACACCAUUUUUAAUGUUUUUUCCAAAAUUGAUUGAUUGAUGGAACCAAAAUUCUUUGCAAACAGACCCUAGGUUUUUUAAGGCUUGUAUACACACACUGUUAGAAUCAUAUGUAAAGCUGAAUAUUUUACAUUUAUGUUAGGCAUUUUUAUAACAUACUUUAAGGCGCUUUAAACAAUUUGUUAUCGAAAAAGAAAUGCACAUUAUAUAUUUUAGCAUAUAUUAAUUUAUUCAUAUUAUAAUAUUGUAAUAUAACUAUAAUAUAUGUAUAUUAUAUAGCAUUGUACAAUAUAUAUUUUAUAAUGUAUAGCGCCUCUUUAGAGUCUGCUAUAAGAGUGUUUAUUCUCUAAUGCGAAAAAAAAAUUACUUUACAUAUGACACUAACAUGUUGUGAAAACUGAUUUUUAAUUACAAUUUAAGUUGACAAUGUCCAUUUUCUUAUUUCUAGUCUUAUUGUUUUUUGUUUAAAUUCGUUUCUAUUAAUACGUUACAUAGUCAUUUCUCACAUAAUCCAUGUAAAAUAUAUGUAUUAUUAUUUUUUUUUUAUUUUUUUAUGUAAAACUAGUUUUAACCUUGAUGUAGUAUAAGAUUUUAUUAUUCGUUUUGUAAAUUGAAAGAAAGUUACAGAGAAUAGUUUAUGUAUUUGAAUAUUUUUUGUUUUGAAAUAAUUUUGCAUGCAAAAGACCAUGACAAAUUGUAUAAUGGAAGGAAAAUAUGUAUAACAUACUGUGAAAUGUGAAAUAAUGUAUUUUCCACCCAUCCAUGCAAGAGUAACAAAGAGUGGUGGCCCGUUCUAUUGUAAAGUUCGAAAUGAUUAACUAAAAGGAAAAUUAUAACAAAUCCCAGAUCUUUUUUGGAGGAAAACGUUUCAAAGAUUAAAUCUUUAAAAAAUCCACGACGUUGGGCCUUUUAGGAGUCCAGAAAAAAAUCUUUAAAAAAUCCACGCCGUUGGGCCUUUUAGGAGUCUAGAAAAAAUCUUUAAAACAUCCACGUCCUUGAGCCUUUUAGGAGUCUAGAAAAAAAACUUUAAAAUGGCUUUUGGGUCUUUAAAAAAAUCUUUAAAAAAUACUACGACAACGGCUCAGAUGCUCUAGAAAAAAAUCUUUAAAAAAUCCACGCCUAUUGGUCUUUUAGAAGUCUAAAAAUACAUCUUUAAAAAGUCCAUCCCUCUUUAAAAGUCCACCCCUUUGGGCCUUUGAUGAGUCUAGAAGAAAUCUUUAAAUAAUCCAUGCCUAUUGGCCAUCCUCUUUGGUUUGAGGAGUCUAGAAAAAAUCUUUAAAAAAUCCAUGACUAUUGGCCUUUUAGAAGUCUAGAAAAUUUUUUUCAAAAAUCCACGCCUAUUGGCCUUUUGGAAGUCUAGAAAAAAUCUUUAAAAAAUCCAUGCCUAUUGGCCUUUUAGAAGCCAAAAAAAAUCUGUAAAAAGUCCAUCCCCUUUGGUUUGAGGAGUCUAGAAAAAAUCUUUAAAAAAUCCAUGCCUAUUGGCCUUUUAGGAGUCUAGAAAAAAAUCUUUAAAAAAUCCAUUCCUAUUGGCCUUUUGGAAGUCUCGAAAAAAAAUCUGUAAAAGUCCAUCCCCUUUGGUUUGAGGAGUCUAGAAAAAAUCGUUAAAAAAUACACGCCUAUUGGCCUUUUAGAAGUCUAAAAAAAUCUUUAAAAAGUUCAUCCCCUUUGGGUCUUUAAAAAAUUCAAGCCUUUGGGCCGUUAAGGAGUCUAGAAAUUUUUUUAAAAAAAUACUACGACAACGGCUCAGAUGGUCUAGAAAAAAAUCUUUACAAAAUCCACGCCUAUUGGUCUUUUAGAAGUCUAAAAAUACAUCUUUAAAAAGUCCAUCCCUCUUUAAAAGUCCACCCCUUUGGGCCUUUGAUGAGUCUAGAAGAAAUCUUUAAAUAAUCCAUGCCUAUUGGCCAUCCCCUUUGGUUUGAGGAGUCAAGAAAAAAUCUUUAAAAAUCCAUGCCUAUUGGCCUUUUAGAAGUCUAGAAAAAAAUCUUUAAAAAAUUCACGGCUGUGGGCCUUUUAGGAGUCUAGAAAAAAUCUUUAAAAAAUCCAUGCCAUUGGCCUUUUAGAAGUCUAGAAAAAAAUCUUUAAAAAAUUCACGGCUUUGGGCCUUUUAGGAGUCUAGAAAAAAUCUUUAAAAAAUCCAUGACUAUUGGCCUUUUGGAAGUCUAGAAAAAAAAUCUGUAAAAAGUCCAUCCCCUUUGGUUUGAGGAGUCUAGAAAAAAUCUUUAAAAAAUCCAUGCCUAUUGGUUUGAGGAGUCUAGAAAAAAAUCUUUAAAAAAUCCAUGCCUAUUGGCCUUUUGGAAGUCUAGAAAAAAAAUCUGUAAAAAGUCCAUCCCCUUUGGUUUGAGGAGUCUAGAAAAAAUCUUUAAAAAAUCCAUGGCUAUUGGCCUUUUAGAAGCCUAGAAAAAAAAAAUCUUUAAAAAAUCCAUUCCUAUUGGCCUUUUGGAAGUCUAGAAAAAAAAUCUUUAAAAAAUCCAUUCCUAUUGGCCUUUUAGAAGUCUAAAAAAAUCUGUAAAAAGUCCAUCCCCUUUGGUUUGAGGAGUCUAGAAAAAAUCUUUAAAAAAUACACGCCUAUUGUCCUUUUAGAAGUCUAAAAAAAUCUUUAAAAAGUUCAUCCCCUUUGGGUCUUUAAAAAAUUCACGCCUUUGGGCCGUUAAGGAGUCUAGAUUUUUUUUUAAAAAAAUACUACGACAACGGCUCAGAUGGUCUAGGAAAAAAUCUUUAAAAAAUACACGCCUAUUGGCCUUUUAGAAGUCUAAAAAAAUCUUUAAAAAGUUCAUCCCCUUUGGGUCUUUAAAAAAUUCACGCCUUUGGGCCGUUAAGGAGUCUAGAAUUUUUUUUAAAAAAAUACUACGACAACGGCUCAAAUGGUCUAGAAAAAAAUCUUUAAAAAAUCCACGCCUAUGGCUUAGGUGGUCUUUAAAAAAUUCUUUAAAAAGUCCAAGCCUAUGGCUUAGGUGGUCUUUAAAAAAUUCUUUAAAAAGUCCACGCCUAUGGCUCAAAUGCUCCUCAAAAAAAAGUCUUACAAAAUCCACUUCCCUGGCUCAGAUGGUACUUGAAAAAAAAAUCUUUAAAAAAUCCAUGCCUAUGGCUUAGGUGGUCCUUAAAAAUUCUUUUAAAAAGUCCACGCUUGGUCCUUUAAAAAAAGUCUUAAAUAUCCACAUCCAUGGCUCAGUUGGUCCUUGAAAAAAAUUCUUUGCAAAGUCUACGCCUAUGACUCAGAUGGCUCUUGAAUUUUUUUUUAAUGAAUCCACGCCUACAGCUCAAAUGGUCCUUGAAAAAAUUGUUUAAAAAAUCCACGCCUAUGGCUCAGAUGGUCCCUGAAAAAAUUUGUUAAAAAAGUUACGACCUUGGGCCAGAUGGUCCUUGAAAAAAAAUCUUUAAAAGUCCACGCCUAUGACUCAGGUGGUCCUUGAAAAAAUUGUUUAAAAAAUCCACGCCUAUGGCUUAGAUGGUCCUUAAAAAAAAUUGUUAAAAAAGUUACGACCCUGGGCCAGAUGGUCCUUGAAAAAAAUCUUUAAAAAGUCCACGCCUAUGACUCAGGUGGUUCUUGAAAAAAAUUCUUUAAAAAGUCUACGCCUAUGACUCAGAUGGCCCUUGAUUUUUUUAAUAAAUCCACGCCUAUGCCUUAGAUGGUCCUUGCAAAAAAUUCUUUAAAAAGUCCAAGCCUAUGACUCAGGUGGUCCUUGAAAAAAAUUCUUUAAAACGUCUAUGCCUAUGACUAAGAUGGCCCUUGAAAAUUGUUUUAAUAAUCCACGUCUAUGGCUUAGCUGUUCCUUGAAAAAUAUCUUUAAAAAAUCCAAGCAUAUGGCUCAUAAGGUCCUUGCAAUUUUUUUUU